CCAAAGCUGAUGUCCUGGCAUGAAAUAUUGAUAAACAUACUGAAAUUAUUUCCUCAUAAAUGGUAAUAUGCAUUACCUAAGAAUAAUUCAGACAGUUUUAAUUACCAGUCUAAAUUGUCACUAAUAAUUUGUCAGUAAUACAGUAAGUGCAGUACAUGAAUAUCAUUGAAUAAAUUGAUCAUUUUUUGUCAAAUGUUGCCAGUUUGUUCUGUCCUUGUCCUUAUUCUCGAAUUCCAGAAGUUAACCUCUAAAAAUCAAUUAGUGGAUGAUAGUAGCUUGGUCAAAGAAAACAAAUCCUUUAUGCUAGCACAUCUAUCUCUGAAAUGUUAUUUGUUCAGCUCCUAAUGAGUCUGUUGUAUCGUUCAUCAGUUUUUUACAGUCAUGACAGAAGUGAUACAAUUCCAAACAAAACCAUGGGGUACCAAAUGUUCUUCUAACCUUUGGUUGUAUCGAGAAUAGAUCUUUGAGGAAAAAUCACCUUGACAAUACAGAGAUCUAUCAGUGACUCUUGUGUUGUACCAUUAGCUUUUUCUUCCGAGAUUUGCAUCUAAUUGAAAAAGUUUGUCUAGGGAAUUCUCUGCUUUGAUUAGUUUCAUUAACAUUUGUCUAGCUUUCAUGAAGGUAAUUAUGAUAGAGAUGUUUAAUGAGUUUGAUACGAGAUAGCAGUGUUGGCUUGCAUCAUCAACUUCAAUACUUCACUGUGAUAGCCUUGUGACCUAAAGCUUACUCUGAGAAGUGUAAAACAUGUACAACUUGCAACAGGUUGGAUGCAAGGACUCCUCCGCAUUGUAUGAAAGGCUGCACAUACCCAGAAGUUUACUAGAGGCUUGGAGUAAAGACAAGUGUGAGGUCUGUGCCACACACGUCAACCAACUCAAGGGAGAAGCCGUAGCAAUGGUCCAAUCACUUGAGGAAGCCCAAGCACAGAAUGACGCUGCGAACAUCGGCCGUCUGUCCGGUCUAGUGGGGUCUCGGGACCUGGCUUCGCUUCAGCGCUACCUCUACGCCCACCACGCCCAUGGUGCAGCCGCCGCCCAGCACCACCGGUCAGCGAGACAGCAGGUCAAAGGACAGCAUACAACGGCAGCAGCUGCGGCUGUAGCAGCGGCUCGUAAGCAAGCAUUACCCCCUGCUCUACAGGCCCAGCAGUACCUGGAAGAGAGCCUUGGAGCUUCUUGGUGGACGCAUCCAAAGCUGAGCUCCAUGCUCUCAUCUGCUCAUCAGGUAAGCUCCGAGAUAUGGAGAAUAUCACCACCUUUGAGCUGUUAAAUUUUAUUAAUAUUAUUUGGCAAGAAGAUGUGACAAAGUUCUGAAGAAUUGACAGUGAAAAAGCUUAUAAAUAAAUCAACCACUUGAACACCAGGAACAGAAAAUAUUCCAUUCUGAGGCUUUCUGUUCCAACUCCAGUUGAAACAAAGUUAACAAGAUACAUUGCAUAGGCCUACAUCCAUACUUCAACUGCAUAAUACUCAAAAACGUUGGUGAUAGUCCAUAUACUAAUUUGAAAAACAAAAGUACACCUUCAAAUGCUAUAUUAUCAAUUCUUUGUAUGAGAAGCAAGAUAUUUUUUUUAAAGAAAAAUAAAUGUAUACAGGCAUGAUAGGUUACUGAAAUGCUGAAAAUUUUGCAGCGAUAAAUUUUAAUUGUCCAUAUAAUUUGAUAUAAAUUUCCAUACAGCCGGACAUUGGCAUGAAUAAAAACAAAAUUAAUUUCAUUAAACUGUCCAUGACAAUCUUUGAGCAUACCAACAAGUUUUCUUUUUUACAUUCAGUGUACACCAUACAGCCAGUUUCUCUUUUGGUCCAAGAUAUCAACAUCUCCCCAUUCAUGAUGGGGUCAUCAUGCCCGUCACUCCAUUCAAAUCAAAACACGCUUCCAUGUAUAGUGUAAACCAACUAAUGAGUUGGAUUAACGUGAGUCACUGUAAUUAAAAGAGGGCUAAACAAACAGGACUACAUGCCAGGUGCAGAAUUGGGUCUAAAGAUAGACUUGGCUUGUUGAGCAAAGUUUGCUUCUCAGAUUUCAAUUUCUUAGUGGAAGAUGACCCAUAUGCAAACACUUCAGCUAAGAUUCUCAUAUUGGAAAGAAAAGGAAUGUCUUAUUUUUUUUUAUAUAUAUGGCGUAGUUAGAAGGUUAUUGCAUGGCCCAUAUAUAUCUGUAAAGUUGAGCUGUCAGUGAUAGCUCAUGUAAAGUUUAGGAAUAGAAAAAAGAAAGAAUCCAUGCAUUCAAAUAUAACAAAAUCAUGAAAUACAAUAUUAUCACUGUGUCUGUUUAAUUGUAGAUCAAACAAGAUAAAAGUAGCCUCAAUUACAGUUUGAAUAAUGUCUUUGUUUUAGACCUACACAUUUUAUUCAUGUGAUUUUGAAAAGGAGUAGAGGAGGCAGCUACUGAAUUGGGUUGAAAAUUUGGAAUAGCACUAGGAAAUUCAUGAAAAUUCUAUCCAGAGAGAAUGAUAAAAAGUGACAUUUGAUAUUUUCAAUUUUGAUCUGUUGCUGAAGUUUCUCUUAAAUGUAUGGUGGGUAGUAUAAUGAGUAAAGAAAUAUCUUUAUAAAGCAUUGUCUGUGAAUGUAUGGUCUUUCUACUGUGGUGGCCACCAGUGCAGCACCCUCCACCAACUCCCAGCUCCUAUAGUCAGUCAGUCCGUCAUCUUAUCUUGCAGACAGGCAAGAUAUCAUCCCUUGAGCCAUCAAGUCAGGAAACCAGGCCGGGUUGAAUGACAUCCACCACCGUCUACUUCCCCAAAACUCAUCAAAUACUAGCACUUUUCAAGAAAUCAAAGAGUAUACCUCUCAGUCUGGGCUUCUUGAUUGCUCAGACAUGGCUCUCAAAUCCAUUGUGGAUUGUUCUUCUUUUCUUUCUUCCCUUUCCCCUCCAUCGUCAUCAGAAGAAUAGAAACCACCCAUAUUCCCCGAACAACGGGAGAAGAUUGUAAUUGUUUACGGGGGAGUCAGGUGUGACAGAGUUUCACAGGGGAGAAGCACGAGCGCAGGUACCAACGUAAAUGUUUAUGUUCGAUUAACUUGCUCUGUCAUGAUCCACGAGAAAUGGAGGAUGCCCUUUUUUUCUAAGACUGGAAAUAAAUGGCUCUUCUUUCUUUGAUUUUCUUGCCCUUUUCUAAAAAUCCUUUACAUGGGAUUGAGUUGCAUCUUGUAAAAUGAGUCAUUAGUCUUUGGGGGAAUGCACUGGCCGGUCAGAAUGCCAAUUUUCUAUUUCUGCUCUCAGUGAUGAAGAUUCUGUGAUCAGAAGGACUGGGUUUGUAGGUGGGUUGCUGCUUCUAAACAGGGAAUUCCCCAGGCAAGCUAGAUUAGAAAUAUACAUUAAAGGAUAUCCCAGCUCCAUAAAUGCUAUAUUAAUUUGUUUAUCCCUUGCCAAUCAGAAAUUGUGACAUAGAUAUGAUUUCAAAGGAUCAUUUUUGAAAAUUGACAUUGCUGGACUAGUAAAGGAAGACUGAGAAAAAAAAAAUCAAGACCAUUUGUUAUCAAAUGACUCAUGGUGAAUAUUCAGCUAAAUAAAAGGAUCAUCACCAUUUACUUUUUUUUAGUUUCACUCACUUUCAAGAAUAAUAGUCUUUCUCUCUCUCUCUCUCUUUGCAUGUGUAAUAAUUGAUAUAUCAAUAUGCAUGGAAAUUUUUCUGAUUUAAUUUGUGGUAAGUGAGAAAUUUUGACCAUAAUUCAUUAAAUGAUAUUUCAGCCAGGGAAGUGUUAUAGUUUUGUCAUCUCCAUCAUUUCAGAUAGCAUUUUACUCAUCUUCCCAGAUGCACCGCUUCCUUCCUCAUGUCCAAUUCGCCCUGGGCUACCAAAACCAGUUGUUUUUGUGCAAUAACAACCAAAACAUAACUUUGCAUUCUAUUUAGUCAUCUAAAUAAGAAAAUCAAUUUCAAGAAUACUAAUAAUUACCCCAGGCUUGAAAUUCUAGCAGAUAUUUCUAUGCUGAUCACCUUAGUGGUUUGCAAAUUUGUUAAAUUGCUGAUGGGCGAAGUGAUUGGCGUAAUGAUAACAAACUUACAGAGACGAGAUUAGAGGAAGAAGGCAUAUUCAGACCGCAUUGAUCCCCAGAAUACCCGUAAAUUCAUGGGUACUUAUUUAGUCCUCAAUAUGCUUUAUUAUUUUCUACAUUCUUACCAACCCGAAGCAAACUUUCUCAAAAUUAUGAACAUGUGCUGUUUGGUCUUAGGGUAUGUUUAUGCUUCCAUUGCGAGGACAGAAUCAGCGAUU